AACAAAUCCCGUUGUCUAAAUUCCCGUUCAGCGGCGAGCAGCUCGGAGUGAGCGGCAGCGCUGAAAGCCACACUGAGUGGGAAGUAAUAACGGCCGGCUGAACGGGAGCGGUGUGCAGCCCUACUCCACCGGAAUGAAUCGACCCAGUCGGCGCCUGCGCACUUCCACCACCAUUCAUCUGUAGGGAUCUCUCCCUGUUCCUCCCGUCUCGUGUGAGAGAAGAGAAACCAGCAGGCGGCCCCGGGCUCGCGCUCGCUGCCCCGGUUGUCAGCGCACUGGUAGUCUGUGACUUCCCCCCCGUCGCGGCUGGACGGUGACAACUCAGAUCGGCUCCCAGUUGUCGGAUUGAGCUCGGAUUUUUACCUCUUUGGAUUUCUAUGUUUUGUUGUCAGUGACGGACUCUCAACAGCACAUUACUCACACCAGAGUAGAGGGACAGAGAGUGGUUGCAGGUGUAGACAGGUCAUCUAUUCGCCUGCUAAUGAUGAUGGAUGGCAGCACUGCAGAGAGUGAGAACAGAGAGAAAAGCGGAGCGAUGCAGGGGGAUAAAGAAAUGGCAGAGUGGUGAACCCUGACUCCUCUGACACCGUGACUCCAGACAGACACAGUGGCUGACAGACGGUGAAAAAGAAGUGGGCAGAUAAACAGAUUAGGGAGGACGGAGGGAGAGAACUAUAACCUCUCACAGAGUGGUGGCCAGAGUGACAGAGGAGCACAUGAGGAGUGGAAACGGCGUGACAGCAACAUCCUGACCAGUAACCUUGCUUCUGCGCUGCAUCAAGCGCCCAGCGACUCCAGAAGCGGGCGUCAGAAGGAAGGAAUCGUGCGACCACUCCUCCUGCAGGCAUGAGGUCCUUCCGUUCCUUCAGUAACGAUGACCGCCACGUCAUGGCGAAACACUCCACCAUCUACCCCUCCUCUCAGGAGCUGGAGGCAGUUCAGACGCUGGUGUCCACGGUCGAGUGCGCCCUCAAACACGUCUCUGAUUGGUUGGAUCAGAGCAGCGACGACGCCCACAGCCAGCUCGACAGCCAACCAGCAUACAGCACAGAGGAGGACGAUCCGGGCGAUGAGCCCAGCGAUGAAACUGAGGAUUCCAGUGACGGCUACAGAGAGUCCAGCGGUGGUGGCGUGCUGUGUGGAGUGAUGAGGAUCGGCCUGGUGGCCAAAGGCCUCCUGAUCAAAGGCGACAUGGACCUGGAGCUUGUGCUGAUGUGCCGAGACAAACCCACGCAGACACUGCUGGACACUGUCUGUCACAAUUUACCCACACAGAUUGAGAAGCUGACGGAGGAGAAAUAUGAGGUCACAAGCUCCUUGCCCGAGGCAGCCAUCUUGGUACGAACAACAGCAGAGCCCAAACUCACACUGAAGAUUACCCUCACCUCCCCAGCCAUGAGGGAAGGUGAGGAAGAAGAGGAGGAGGAGGAGGAGGAGGAGGAGGCUCUGGAGAAUGGAGAGGAAGGAGAGGAGGAGGAAGAGGAAAUAGAGCAGGAAGAGGAGGAGCAGGAGCAGAACGGGCGAGUGUUGGGUGCUGCUGCGCAGAGAGUGGAGGCUGAGGAGGAGGAGGAGGAGGAGGGGGAGGUGCUGGAUAGACACAGAUGUCUGUUGGCCCUGGCAGCGCUGCGACACGCCAAGUGGUUCCAGGCUCGAGUGAACGGGCUCAAGUCCUGCGUUAUUGUUCUCAGGAUACUUAGAGACAUGUGCAAUAGACACCGUGUGUGGGAACCUCUCAAGGGAUGGCCCUUAGAGCUUAUCUGCGAGAAGGCAAUUGCCACCUGCAACAGACCUCUUGGUGCUGGAGAAGCCCUGCGUCGAGUCAUGGAGUGUCUGGCCUCAGGCAUACUGCUUCCAGGUGGUCCAGGUUUACACGACCCGUGUGAGAAAGAGCCAACAAACACACUAGCCAACAUGACCGACCAGCAGGCUGAAGCCAUUACCUACAGCGCGCAGCAUGCUCUCAGACUCAUGGCAUUCGGACAGAUCUACAAAGUGUUGGAGAUGGAGCCUCUUCCCUCAAAUAAACCAUCACAGAAAUAUCCUUGGUCUGAUAAAGAAGGCUUAGGUCUGAAGAGGCCAUAUGAAGAUGGAGCAAUGGAUGACAAGGACCUCAUAAAGAAGAUGAAGAGAAAUCUGAGGAAAGUCCUAGACAGCAAAGCCAUAGACUCCAAUCAGCCAAUGAAUGCCCUGAUGCGGUUGAACCAGAUCCGGCCUGGGUUACAGUAUCGUUUGCUGUCCCAGUCGGGCCCAGUUCACGCUCCAGUCUUCACUAUGUCUGUGGAUCUGGACGGGACCAUUUACGAAGCGUCCGGAUCCUCCAAGAAGACCGCCAAACUCCAUGUCGCUGUCAAGGUUCUCCAGGCGAUGGGCUACCCGACGGGUUUCGACUCAGACCUGGACCCCAUGAGUUCGGAUGAGAAGUCAGACAGCGAGGGGAAGAGCGAGACGUCAUCACACUCUAGCAAUAACCCAACACACUCCUCGGACAGUUCCAACACACUGGAGGUGCGAACUCAGGGUCCCAUACUGACGGCGAGCGGGAAGAACCCCGUCAUGGAGCUGAAUGAAAAGAGACGAGGUCUCAAAUACGAGCUCAUCUCUGAAAGUGGAGGCAGCCAUGACAAACGCUUUGUUAUGGAGGUGGAGGUUGAUGGGCAGAAGUUUCGUGGGGCAGGCCCCAACAAAAAAGUAGCAAAGGCCAGCGCUGCUCUCGCCGCUCUGGAAAAACUCUUUUCUGGUCCCAACGCAGCUGCAAACAAGAAGAAGAAGAUAUUGCCUCAGACUAAAGGAGCCCUGGCCGCGGCAGCAGCGGCAUCAGCAGUAGCAGCUCAGGUAGCCCGAGGAAGAGGAAGAGCCGCGCUCGCAAGAGGAGCCUUCGUCAGCGCAGCCGCACCUGGAUACGUCACACCAGGCUUUGGGACGCCGUAUGGCUACAGCCCAGCUGCAGCAGCUGCUCCUGCAUACGGUGGUCUUUUCAUUGACAAUCCCUUCUACCAGCCACGGACCAUUGCUCCUUUUAUCAUUCAUCUGGGUCCCCAGGAUCUCUUCUCUGACUUCUAGAGGCAGCAGGUCUUUGAAUAGUCUCUUCACACUUACCUGUUUGUAAACACAGGAAAUCUUUUCUUUUCUGUCCGUGAAAGCGGGCCGCCUUUUUAUCCGGAUGGUGGACACACAGAUUCAAAACUGUUUCGGUUUGUUCAGUCCAGUGGAAAAACGAUCUGCCCUGCAGCAGCGGCAGAAACUUUCUCACCUACUGACCGAGAGGCUCCCGUCUCUGUUUCCUCUACUCCCAGAUUAUCAGUUCAGAGGAGACUAACUUUACACAAAGCAAUACUCGGAUUUUACGAGAAACAUUCAGCUGCAGUUGUGCGAGGCUGGCCUGAACUUUGGUCUUUCUUAUAGCAAUACACCUGAACUCCUCUCUUCGAGCUUAUUUACUUGAGAAGAUGUGAAUGUCCGAUGGAGUUUUGCCCAACACAGCAUUGCAAUAGCUCAUUUUGAUUGUAUAUUCAUUGUAUGUGUGCGUACGUGUGGCUAUAACAUGACUAUAUACACAUAAAUGUAUGAUGUAUGUUUCUAUAACAACGUGUUGACAAUAAUAUUACUAUAUGAUGAUGUAUUUAUGUAAAUAUUCUACAAAAUAUAACUAUUGUUGGUAUAAAUUAUUUUAGAAUUAUAAAGUGAAAUGUAACUGUAAUAUCACAGUAUAGCUUUCUUCCAAUUUUAUAUACACUGAGCAAUUGAAGCUAGUUCUAGAAGAUGCAAUAUUAUCUUUGGUAUUCCUAUUAAGCUGUGCUGUUAGAAUAAUAAUGCUUCCUUCCUUUCCUUCCUCCAAA